AACCUCUCUCUUGUUCUUGAUAACAAUCAAGAACUACCCCCUCAAGCGAACUUUUUUCUAAACGAAAUUUAACGAACCCCUACUUUUUUUAACGACCCAAAAAGUCUCUUUUUUCUUACUUCUUUUAACGAACUCAAGAAAAAACUCUUUUUUUUAACGACCCCUUCUAAAAAACUUUUACGAACCCAACCCCUAAAAAAACCUUUUAUCUGCUUUUUCUUCAUCCAAAAGAAAAAGCUUUUAUCUUACGAAUUUACAACCUUUUUUUAAAAAAAAUUAUCCUUCCCCACCCUUUUUGAAAAAAAUUCCCAUUUUUUCAAAAAUUUCCUCUCUAAAGAUUUCUAAUCCUAUUUCAAACCAAAUCAACUCAAUUUCUAACAUGCCUAUCAACGCUGGUAUCAACGGUUUCGGUCGCAUCGGUCGUAUUGUUCUGCGCGCAUCUCUUGAGAACUCUAACGUCAAGGUCGUCGCUAUCAAUGAUCCUUUUAUUGAUCUCGAGUACAUGGUUUACAUGUUCAAAUAUGAUUCAACUCACGGACGCUUCAAGGGCACCGUUGAGGCGAAAGACGGUGCACUGGUUGUGAACGGCCAUUCCAUUGCGGUUUAUGCUGAACGCGACCCGUCUACCAUUCCCUGGAAGACCCAUCAGGCCGACUACGUAGUCGAAUCGACCGGUGUCUUUACAACAAUCGACAAGGCUGGCGCUCAUCUCAAGGGCGGUGCCAAGAAGGUUAUUAUUUCUGCCCCCUCCGCAGACGCUCCCAUGUUUGUCGUUGGUGUCAAUCUCGAGGCGUACGACCCCAGUAUGAACGUGAUUUCCAACGCAUCCUGCACUACAAACUGCCUGGCUCCCUUAGCCAAGGUUAUCGACGACAGCUUCGGUAUUGUCGAAGGUCUCAUGACAACCGUCCACGCCACAACAGCGACUCAGAAAACAGUCGAUGGUCCGUCAGGCAAGGAUUGGAGAGCAGGCCGUGGCGCAGGUGCAAACAUCAUUCCGGCAUCCACCGGAGCAGCAAAGGCGGUCGGCAAAGUUAUCCCACAUCUCAACGGCAAGCUCACGGGCAUGUCCUUCAGAGUACCCAACCCAGAUGUGUCUGUGGUUGAUCUGACGGUCAGACUCGAAAGGCCGGCAUCGUACGAUGAGAUUAAGGCGGCAAUUAAGGAGGCCUCAGAUGGUCCCCUCAAAGGCAUUUUAGGCUACACAGAAGAUGAAGUGGUGUCAACCGAUUUCAUUGGAGACUCACGCUCUAGCAUCUUUGAUGCAAAGGCGGGUAUCUCACUCAAUCCACAUUUCGUAAAGUUAAUUUCGUGGUACGACAAUGAAUUUGGUUACUCAACGCGUGUGAUCGAUCUUUUGGUUCAUGUUGCAAAGGUUGAUGGCAAUCUGUAAACAGAGCAAGAAAAAAUUUUUCCUCAAAAAAAAAUCAACAAAACUCUGCCGACAAUUUCCCCCCCACCAUCAACAAAGAAAACAAAAAAAAAUCAACUUCCAAAACACACACACACACACUCCUUCUAUAUUCUUUCUGCUUCUAUUCUCUCUCUUGAUUUCUGGUCCCAUUUCCCGGUACCUUUUCCUAAAGGUCUUGCUCAAAUUCAACGAAACAGAAGAAGAAGAAGAAAAAAGCCGAAAGAAGAAAAAAAAAACCUAACUUACCCUUUGAAACAUCUGAAGUCGGAAAACUCAAGAACAUUAUGAAAAGAAAUCCUGGUUCCUGUUCGUGUCGCUCGCAAACGUCCACUUUUCGAUUCUUCUGCUCUUAUUUUUCCGAAACAACCCAUCCAAAUCCCUCCGUUCCCUCCCUAAUUUGCCCAUCCAAUCUCUUGAAAAACAUUUUGGUAUCAUUUCUCUUUUUUUUUUUUAUUUUAAUUGUUUUUAUUUUUACUUUACUUUUUACAUACUUAAAAACUACCAAUCUAUUUUUCUCAUCUAGUACAACAUUUUUAUUAUUCUUUUUCUAUUUUCUUUGUUGUACUUUAUGACGUACAUGCCUCUCUCUCUCUACUACUUACCACCAACCUUCCCCCCCUCACCCUCACCCUUGUUCUAUAUGAACCCCACCCUCUGUAUUGUUGUAUAUGCUGUUAUAGUAGAACUAACGUGUAACUUUAUGUCCCAUUUUUUUUUGUAAUAAAUAAAUAUAAAAGAAAUUUGCAAGCUUUAAAAUCCUAAUAUUAUUUUAAACGCUCACAAUUUUUUUAAAAACACACAAA